AGGGCACGACAAUUUCUCAUCACCAUUGCUUUGUUUUGUUCGUCAAUAUCAAAAAACUCAAUUUUUAAAAAAACUUCUUCAACAAAUCUCCAAUCGAUUCGCCUUUUCUCGAUAACCUCUUUGCAUCCAUGGCUGCUCAAACAGAUCUCAAUCAACCUAAACUCGAUAUGACAAAGGAAGAGAAAGAGAGGUUGAAGUACUUGCAGUUCGUGCAAGCUGCUGCUGUUGAAGCUCUGCUUGGUUUUGCUCUUAUUUACGCUAAGGCCAAGGACAAGUCUGGUCCUUUGAAACCUGGUGUUGAAUCUGUUGAAGGUGCUGUAAAGACUGUUGUUGGUCCUGUCUACGAGAAGUACCAAGACGUUCCUGUCGAGGUCCUUAAAUACAUGGACCAGAAGGUUGACAUGUCUGUGACUGAACUUGAUCGCCGUGUCCCACCAGUUGUCAAACAGGUGUCUGCUCAAGCUAUCUCAGCUGCUCAGAUUGCACCCAUUGUGGCUCGUGCCUUGGCCACUGAGCUUCGACGUGCUGGUGUUGUUGAAACCGCUUCUGGUAUGGCUAAAUCUGUCUACACCAAGUACGAGCCUGCUGCCAAGGAGUUGUAUGCAAACUAUGAGCCGAAAGCAGAGCAAUGUGCCGUUUCAGCUUGGAAGAGGUUGAACCAGCUUCCUCUGUUCCCAAGGCUUGCUCAAGUUGCUGUACCAACUGCUGCUUUCUGCUCUGAGAAGUACAAUGAUACUGUUGUGAAGGCUGCAGAGAAAGGGUACAGGGUCACAUCGUACAUGCCGUUGGUUCCAACUGAGAGGAUCUCUAAAAUCUUCUCCGAGGAGAAAGCUGUGGCCGAGCCUUUGGAGUUCCACCCACUUGAUUGAUUUGGGUGUUUGCUAGUGUGUUCUUUUUUGUUUUGUUGGGAUUUUACAGUGGAUUGGAUCCUUGUUAGCGACUGGUCCCCUGGUUCUGUUUCUUUUGUUUCUUCGUUCUUAAACUUUCGUUGUUUCGUUUAAUAAUCUAAAAGUUGUAUAAUCUAAGUUGGGAUUAUUGAUUGUAUAAAAGCUUUCUUGUUUGAGGUUUAAUUA